AUGGUGUCCAUGGCGCGCGUGGACUGGCGCGAGACCCCCGACGCGCACGAGAUCGUGGUGGACGUGCCCGGGAUGCGCAAGGAGGACCUGAAGAUCGAGGUUGAGGACAACCGGGUGCUGCGCGUCAGCGGCGAGCGGCGGCGCGCGGAGGAGCGCAGGGGCUACCACUGGCACCGCGAGGAGCGCUCCUACGGCAGGUUCUGGCGCCAGUUCCGCCUCCCCGAGAACGCCGACCUCGACUCCGUCGCCGCCAGCCUCGACAACGGCGUCCUCACCGUGCGGUUCCGGAAGCUGGCCCCCGAGCAGAUCAAGGGCCCGCGCGUCGUCGGGAUCGCCGGGGGAGGGGGAGACGGUGACGGCGACGCCAAGAAGAGCAUCGGCGGCCCUGGCGCCGGGGAUGAUCAGCAGGCCAAGAAGGUGGAGCUCUGA